CUUUCUCCUCUCAUUUUCCUUGAUUCCUCCCCGGAACCAAGAACCAUCCACCUUUGUGGCAUCGCCUCUAUUGCUAAGCAACAGACUCAGGACUCCACUCACCCCAAGAGCCUUGAAAGAAGCCUCAAGACGGAAGAUUCACUACAUUGACAAGGGAAGGAGAUGGAGGACAUACUGCGGCUUGUUGUGGUGUCGGCCAAGAUCAACCUGCCCAAAACGCCCCCAAUGCCUCCACCCAGACCCUGCGUGUCUGCGUACUUCAGAGAUAUCAAGAGAAGAACUCAAGAGGUGGAAGGGAAUAACCCCAUGUGGAAUGAGACCCUAAUCUGGCACCUCUGGAACCGCCCCCUGCAAAAUGACUCAUUCCUGCAAAUCAUCCUUCAAGACAUGGGCUCCACAAAGAAAGAAAGGUUCACGGGCCUGGCCACUGUACUGCUCAAGCCCUUGGUGGAAAAACCAAGCGAGGUCCUUUUCUUGAAGGAUCUGGCCCUGCUCAGUCAUUCCAUGAUGCCCACAGAUUGCACCAUCACCCUACAAGUGGCCCGUAUGACCAGCCUGCAUAUUGAGAAGACAGGUGAUGAAGACCCCCUGGGCCUAACUACACGAGAGGCAGCCUGGCAGAAACCGAUGGUUCCCAGCUCCGCCAUGCAAAAGGCCCUGCCCUUCAAGCCUCAGCACUUUCAGGUCCGAGUGAAGGUGUUUGAAGCCCGACAGCUCAUGGGCAACAACAUCAAGCCAGUGGUAAAGGUGGUCAUCGGAGGCCAGCAGCACUACACACGCAUCAAGAUGGGAAACAACCCUGUCUUUAACGAGACUUUCUUCCAGAAUUUUCAUGAGGUUCCUGCAAAGUUCUUUGAUGAGACCGUCUUAAUCCAGGUGAUGAAUUCCUCACUGCUGAGAUUCAAUGCAGAGAUCGGGAGAUUCCAAACAGAUAUUGGGUUUAUCUACCAUUCUCCAGGUCACACACUCCUGAGGAAAUGGUUAGGCCUCUGCCAGCCAAAUGAGCCCAGCAGUGGCGUGAGAGGCUACCUGAAAGUCACCAUCUGUGCCCUCGGUGCGGGAGACCAAGCCUUGGUAGAUCAGAAGCUGCCCUAUGGGACUGAUGACACCCCUCCUCAGAUCUUCAAAUCAACAGUGGUCUCGAUGAAUGUAGCCUACUUACAGUUCUUCAUCUACUGCGCAGAAGACCUUCAUCUCAAGAAACACUACUCGGUGAGUCCCAUGGUGGAGGUGGAACUAAUUGGGGAAAAGCUCAAGACAAACACGCUGACCCAAACCGAGAACCCGCUGUGGAACCAGAUCCUGACCUUCCAGGUUCAGCUGCCCUGCCUCUCCAGCUACAUCAAGUUUAGAGUCUUGGACUGCCCCAAGGGAAAAUGCCAGAAUGAGAUCGGGACUGUCAGCCUGUACCUCAACCAGAUCUCAUCCACAGGAGCAGAAAUUGAAGGAAUGUACUCUGGUUUCCUCCCCUGCUUUGGCCCCAGCUUCCUGACUCUCCGUGGGGGUAAAAAGGCUCCUUUCAGGAUCCAGGAAGAAGGCACUAAUACUCGCGACUCUGCUAAGGAUGGUUUAGCUUAUCGAGGCCGAAUCUUCCUGGAGUUAAUCACCCACUUCAACUCCCAACGAGAACUUAAGAUCAAGGACCUCUCCCAAGAAGUGACCAGCAUAGAGAAGCAGCAGAAUCGCCAGAAGUAUGGGCUGUGUGUCAUCUUCCUUUCCUGUACCAUGAUGCCCAACUUCAAGGACCUGAUCCAAUUCGAGGUCAGCAUGGGCCACUAUGGAAACAAGAUGGACCUGAAUUACAAGCCUCUUGUCUCAACCACACAGUACAGCCCAGUGAUAUAUGAUGGGAACAUCUACCAUUAUGUGCCCUGGUACAACACCAAGCCAGUUGUGGCUGUGACCUCCUACUGGGAGGAUGUCAGCUUCCGCAUGAACUGCCUCAACCUCCUCCACUUCACUCGGGACCGCCUGAAAGCCAAUCUGGACACCCUGAGAUCCAUGAGGAAUCCAAGGGACCCAGCCUUGCUCCCACAGUGGAAGAAGCUGCUGAGGGAGCUGGCAGAGGACUGCAAGCGCCCUCUGCCCUGCAUGACUAAUCAGCCCAAAGCCACCAACCUGGACCAGAAGAGGUGGCAGCUGCGCAGCCUCCUCCUGCAGGAACUGGCCCACAAAGCCAAGGAAGUCAAGCCUAGGGACAUGCUGGCCACAGUGGAAGGCUGGCUAUACCGCCUCAACGCUGUGCUCCCUGAGCCCCAGGUGAGCCUCCCGGACGUGAUGAUCUGGCUGGUGUCCAACAAGCAGCGAGUGGCCUACGCACAGGUGCCUGCCCACAGCAUCUUGUUCUCCCCGGCAGGGGCCCUGCACUCCGGCAGGUUCUGUGGGAAGACACAGACCCUCCUCCUGCAGUACCCAGAGGGUGAAGGACAGAAGGGCAUGCUCCCGGCCUCUCUCCGUGUCUGCAUGUGGCUUGGCAACGUCGCAAACAGCAAGGAUCUGCAGCUGCUCCGCCAGGGUGAAGUGGUCGUAUAUGCUGAGACGUACGAGAACCAGGCCAAGUAUAAAGACGAGUGGGGACCGCAGGGGCUGUACCGCUGCCCCCACUUCUCAGACGUCAUGGGACACAAGGCCCUCCCCAAGGAGGACUUCAGGGAGCCCCAUGGAUGGCACUGGCAGGGCCAGUGGGCGGUGGAGCCUCAGAGGAGACUCCUCCUGGACGUAGACAUCAAUAAGAGCCAGGUGCUGGAGGAGGUAUAUGAGAACCAGUGCCGUGACCCCGCGGGGGCCUGGGUGCCCGCAGCCAUCCCCAACACAGACGUGGAUGGACAGCCAGUGGAGGCCCGGGAGAAUGUGAAGUGCCCCCAAGGCUGGCACGUUAAGAAGUGGGCCGUGGAACUGAACCCCACAGUGGACAGUGAGGGCUGGGAGUACGGAGCAGGUGUCCCACCCUCCGGCCUACCCCAGAUCUGGAACUCGGUGGAGAAAACCUACUACUCCUGUCGUCGCCGGCGCUGGGUGCGUGUGCGCUGCCGGAAUCGCGGGAGGCUGGGACCCGAGCAGGAGACCCUGUCCUUCCUGCAGCUGGUGAGGGGCUGUGCCAGGGGCUGGCCAUGACUCCUGGCAGAGGGGGAGGGCUGGGAGUAUGGCACCUUCGGCUCCAAGUUCCACCUGAACCCUCAGCCCCAGAGCCGGUUCCGCCGCCGCUGCUGGCACCGCAGGCUGGCCCCCAAUGAAGAUGAGGGCGUUGCACCCAUAUUCCUCCUGGAGGGAUCCUUGCAUGUGGAUCUGAAGGAGCAGACUAAGAAGCAAGAGGACCAGGUGUCAUCCUGGCACCUGAAAAAAUCCGUCAGGUGCCCCUGGAGGCCAGCCCCAGAGGACAUCCAGCCACCUGCCCUGCCCUUCAUCUACUGCAUCUUCAACAAGCCCCACUACUACCAGCUGUUCUGCUACAUUUACCAGGCCCGGAACCUGACGUCCAACCAGAUCCAGACAUUCCAGGGACCCUUCAUUCGGUUGGUCUUCUUGAACCACAGCCAGUGCACCCGAAACCUGAGAGACUCUGUAGCCCCCACGUGGGCCCAGACGCUCAUCUUCCAGCACCUGCUUCUGUAUGAGAACCCCCAGGACACCAAAGACAGCCCACCCCUCGUGGUGUUGGAACUGUGGCAGAGGGACUCCCAGGGCAAGGAGAGCUUGUGGGGAAAGAGCAUGUUGUGCCCGGUGGUCUGGCUGGAUGUCCAAAACCGGAUCCUUCCCCCCAUGAGAUGGCACCCCCUUGUAAAACAGUUGGGGGAGGAAGAGGGCGAGGUCUCGGCGUGCUGCGAGCUGAUCCUGCAGACCAAGGUACUGGGAGGGAGGGCCUGGCGGGGAAUUCUCAUAGGGAACCUGCCGAUAUUAAGUGUUCCCUGGAAGAAUGGGGUCUACACACUCCCCAGGAGCAUCCAGCCUACGCUAAAGAAAAUGGCUAUUGAGAUCCUGGUCUGGGGCCUUCGGAACAUGGAGCAGGUGCACUCCCCCCAGCUCCUGGUGGAGUGCUGGGAAGAGUCCUUGCAGACAGAACCCAUCCCAGACUUCCAGACCAACCCCAACUUCACCGAGUCGGUCCUCUUCCGUACACUGUACAUGCCUACAGAGGAGGCCUAUGCACUGGCCCUCACACUGAAGGUGGUGGACAAUCAGGACUUUGGCCAACAGACUGUGGUGGGUCAGGCCAACAUCGACUCCCUCCAGCCCUACUUCUGUGACCCCUGGGCCGAGGACUACGUGCCACCACAGCUCCCAAUGCUAUCUGUGAACAAGCACCAGGAGCUCCUAGAUUACCUCUUUGGGAAGUUCUGGUUCAAGUCCAGAGCAGCGGAGGACGAAUAUGAGCAUGAAGUGGAUUGGUGGAGCAAGCUGUUCUGGGCCACAGGGGAUGCUGAGUCCCUGCAGUAUAAGUACAAAGACUACCAUACCCUGAAGGUAUAUGACUGUGAACUGGAGGCUGUGCCUGCCUUCCAAGGCCUGCAGGACUUCUGCCAGACCUUCAAACUCUACCAGGAACAGCCCAAGCUGGACAGCCCUGUGGUAGGGGAGUUCAAGGGUCUGUUCCGCGUCUACCCCUUCCCCGAGAAUCCAGAAGCCCCCAGGCCACCCCGGCAGUUCUUGGUUUGGCCAGAGAGAGCGGACUUUCCUCAGCAGUGCGUGGUGCGGGUGUAUGUGGUGCGUGCCAUCAACCUGCAGCCCCAAGACUCCAAUGGCCUGUGUGACCCUUACGUGAUCCUGAAACUGGGACAGAGAAAGCUUGGCAACCGGAACCAGUACCUGCCCAACACUCUGGAUCCCAUCUUUGGCAUGAUGUUUGAACUGAGCUGCACUAUCCCCCUGGAGAAAGACCUGGAGAUCCAGCUGUAUGACUUUGACCUAUUUUCACCUGACGAUAAGAUUGGAACCACAGUUAUUGACCUUGAAAACCGACUCCUGUCUGGCUUUGGAGCUCGUUGUGGUCUCUCCAAAUCCUACUGCCAGUCAGGGCCCUUUCAGUGGCGGGAUCAAAUACUCCCAAGCUUCCUGUUGGAACGCCACGCCAAACAGAAAGGACUGCCUCCCCCUCUCUUCAACCCUGAGGAUGACUCUGUUUUUUACAAUGGGACAAAAUUCAAACUACAAAGCUUUGAGCCCAAGCCCCCCACUGCUCAAUAUUUGGGACCUAAGAAAGAACGCCUUGCACUGUACCUCCUGCACACGCAGGGGCUGGUGCCUGAGCAUGUGGAGACCCGCACACUGUACAGCGACAGCCAACCGGGCAUCGACCAGGGAAAGGUGCAAAUGUGGGUGGACAUCUUCCCCAAAAAGCUUGGGCCUCCUGGCCCUCCCAUCAACAUCGAGCCCAGAAAGCCUAAAAGGUAUGAGCUGCGCUGCAUUAUCUGGAAAACUGCCGAUGUGGACCUGCAGGACGUGAGUUUAAGUACCAAGAUGAGCGACAUCUACGUGAAAGGGUGGUUACUGGGGAUAGAGAAGGACAUGCAGAAGACAGACAUCCACUACCAGUCCCUGACGGGGGAGGGUGACUUCAACUGGCGCUUCGUCUUCACCCUGGACUACCUGCCAGCCGAGCGUGUAUGUGUCCUGAGCGAGAAGGACUACAUAUGGAGCCUGGACCCCACAGUGAUGAAGUUCCCGGCCCGGCUUAUCAUCCAGGUCUGGGACAAUGACAUCUUCUCGAGUGAUGAUUUCCUAGGGGUCCUGGAGCUGGAUUUGUCUGACAUGCCCCUCCCCGCCCGGCACGCCAAGCAAUGCUCUGUGUGGAUGAUGGACCCUGACCCCAAGUGGCCCUACUUCCUCCAAUACAAGCGCUUCUCACUCUUUAAGAAGAAGAUGGUAACUGGCUGGUGGCCUUGCCAGGUCCUUGAUGAUGGCAAAUGGCGCUUGUCGGGCAAAGUGAAGAUGACUCUGGAGAUUCUAUCGGAGAAGGAUGCCUUAAUCAAGCCAGCAGGGCGAGGCCAGUCGGAGCCCAACCAAUACCCUACACUUCAUCCUCCCCUGCGCAGUGACAACCUGUUUACAUGGUUUCGGUUACCUGUUAAAAACUUCUUCCGUGUUUUCUGGAAAUGCUACCGCUUCAAAAUCAUAGUUGUCUCAAUUACACUGAUUGUAGCACUUAUGCUAUUCAACUUUAUGUAUUCAACUCCGAACUAUUUGGCCAUGAGCUGGAUCAAACCUAAACUUCGGCUGAAUGCUCCUAUUAAAAUAUUCGCCAAUAUCAUCAACUCACCAACCACCAGCAAUCCCAGCUCUCUCAGCCCCACCAGCCAGCAUGUAAACCCGACGCCUACAGUAGACUCUAGGUUGAAACUUCUCCAGGGACUCAGGAAUCACCUGCAAGAUAUCUUUCCAGAACUUCCAGCUCCACAAAACUAAUCCGCCCAUAUCCCAUAUCUGCCUCACUUUUCUCCUGCUCAAAAUCAGCCCUACCCUUGAACUCGCCACCAGUUCCGUUUCUACCUUCCAGAACACAAGCAAGGGGCCAGAGAUAUUCUGGCUGUUCUGUUUGGAAACCACUUCCAACAAGAAGGGUAGAAUUAUAAUCUUCCAUGGAAAUAAACAAGUUUUCUGUGUAAUUUGUGGGGGUUGAAGACACCAUGAAAGAUUGAAAACACUAGCCCUUCAGCUGAGAGUCACAAAGACAGGGAGCAGUCGUAUUUAUGAACCACCUCUAGUCUUCAGGGUCUCUUCCAAUCCAAGAGGCUCUGCACAGAGGGACACAGAGGGAGAGGGUGACUAUGAGAAGAGAAAUGGUCAUAUGGAGUAAGCAGGCCACUGCUGUCACCCCUAGUGUGUAUGCCCAGGAGUUAUGCCAUAGAUAAGCAUCUCCCU